CUCUGCCCCCUCCCGCAUGCGCCGCUGCGCGUCUGCUCCGUUCAGAGUACCCAGUCCUACGAGCCUAGCUUAGGCUAUAGCCCUUGAACGUUGAACCUCCAUUAUUUGGACGAGCCGGCGGCGACCACACCACCCCCAAGGCCCCAACCCCCUCACGCCUCUCACUCUCUCUGGAUCUCUCUUUCUCUCUCUUUCUCGCCGCGACAGCGAUGGUGGUGCAUGACCCGCGUCCACGGGGGCUGUUGGACCGGUCAGGAGAGAGAGCGCGACGCGGCGAGGCCGGAGGGGUCGAGCUUGGACCCAUCCACCACUCUCGCCACCGCCGGAGAAAUCAACAACGCGCCCGGGGAGAGACGCGGUGACGGCAGCGUGGAGACGGCCGUCGAGGUUGGACCGGACAGGGGGUGGCGUCGCCGCCGGUCCGCUCGUCCGCGCCCGCGCCAGACGUCGCAAGCCGCUGCAGGUCUGCCCAUCCACGCGCCUGGGGAGAUUUCUCGUGCAUCCGUGGCUGCUGAGGCGGAGGGCGGCGGGCAGGUGGAGGUUCCGCCGCUUGAACUGCUAGACGAGGCCGUGGACGAAGCGCAGGUCGCCGAGGGCACCUGCGGGCGCCACUGGAGCUGCAGUGUUGCUGCUGCACUGAGAUGUGCUUGCGUGCGUGCUUAAUUUUUGGCCAGGACGAAGGAUACGUUGCUCUUUCCCUACCUGGAAACGGAGAAGGAUUUUUUUCCCCCUUCCUUGCUCCUUGUUAUUGAUUUUGACAAUCCAAAUGUUUUUCUUUUUGCCAUUGCAGUGGUAGCCAGAAAGUUAAGCUGAUUUGCCCUGUUUUUUUUGAGUUCUGAAUCAGAGGUUGUGUUUUUUCCCUCCUGUUUUUUAUAAUUCUUAAACACCAGAUUCUUCUGUGCCUCUGAGUUGAGAUGCGGAUUGUUUGUCACAUUGGCAUUUAGAUUUUAUUUGUUUGCAGCCAUCUUCAUGAAAAGUCCAAACUCCUCUUGUCUUUUCAUGUUUAAUAAUCAGAGUUUUGAGUAAGGUUUUGUUAAUC